UCAGCCCCGGUGCGUAGGGCACUGGCGGGCGGCUGCAGGGCUCAGUGGGGAGCGGGCUGUGGCGCUAUGGCGAGUGUGGCUGUCAGGGUCGCUGGGCGGCGGCUGAGCCAGCAAAGCACAUCAGGAGCUCCGGUCCUCCUGCGGCAGAUGUUUGAACCCAAGAGCUGCACCUACACCUACCUGCUGGGUGACCGGGAAUCACGAGAGGCCGUCCUGAUCGACCCCGUUCUGGAGACAGCGCAUAGAGAUGCUCAGCUGAUUAAGGAGCUGGGGCUGAGGUUGGUCUAUGCUGUGAACACCCACUGUCAUGCUGACCACAUCACAGGCUCAGGUGUUCUCCGGUCCCUGCUCCCAGGCUGCCAGUCUGUCAUCUCCCGCCUCAGUGGAGCCCAGGCUGAUUUGCAUAUCGGGGAAGGUGAUUUCAUCCGCUUUGGACGCUUUGCUUUGGAGACUCGGGCCAGCCCUGGCCACACUCCAGGCUGUGUCACCUUUGUGCUGAAUGACCAGAGCAUGGCCUUCACUGGAGAUGCCCUGCUGAUCCGAGGGUGUGGACGGACAGACUUCCAACAAGGUUGUGCUAAGACUUUGUACCACUCUGUGCACGAGAAGAUCUUCACACUUCCAGGCAACUGUCUAAUCUACCCGGCUCACGAUUACCACGGGCUCACAGUCUCUACUGUGGAGGAGGAACGGACUCUGAACCCACGGCUUACCCUCAGCUGUGAGGAGUUUAUUAAGGUCAUGGACAACCUGAACUUGCCCAAGCCACAGCAGAUAGACAUUGCUGUUCCUGCAAAUAUGCGCUGUGGGGUCCAAACUCCACCUUCCUGAUUUGUCCCAGCCAGCUGCUUACAUCCGUUAUGAAUGCACUAGGUGGGGUGAGGGGAGGGAUGUCACCCCAAGGCCUCUCUCUUCUCCUACCGCUACUCUCACCAGCUACUUGAGCUUCUUAAAUAAAGUUUACUUCGUUUUGCCACGAA